AUGACCCCAACGGAUAGUUCGGGUCGUCGACCCACCGACAAACUCCAUUUCCACCACAACGUUACUCUCACCGUCACACUCACCGUCGGUACUCCUCCCCAAAACAUCUCCAUGGUCAUCGACACUGGCAGCGAACUCUCUUGGCUUCGCUGCAACCGUACCUCAAACCCUAACCCGAUUAAUAACUUCGACCCGACCCGUUCUUCCUCUUACUCUCCAAUCCCCUGUUCCUCACCCACUUGCCGGACCCGGACCCGAGAUUUCCUCAUACCCGCUUCCUGUGAUUCCGACAAACUAUGCCACGCAACCCUUUCCUACGCCGACGCCUCCUCCUCCGAAGGAAACCUCGCCGCCGAUAUUUUCCACAUCGGAAACUCCACCAACAACUCGAGUCUGAUUUUCGGGUGUAUGGGAUCCAUAUCCGGAUCCGACCCGGAAGAGGAUAACAAAACAACCGGGCUAUUGGGCAUGAACCGUGGAUCGCUCUCCUUCAUCUCUCAGAUGGGUUUCCCCAAAUUCUCCUAUUGCAUCUCCGGCACCGACGAUUUCCCGGGUUUUCUUCUCCUCGGCGACUCCAAUUUCACGUGGCUAACGCCGUUAAAUUACACGCCGUUAAUCCGGAUCUCCACGCCGUUACCUUACUUCGACCGUGUCGCUUACACCGUCCAGCUCACGGGGAUUAAAGUUAACGGUAAGCUAUUGCCCAUCCCUAAAUCGGUUCUCGUACCGGAUCAUACCGGUGCUGGUCAAACCAUGGUUGAUUCUGGUACUCAGUUUACUUUCUUGCUCGGACCGGUUUACACAGCGCUUCGAACCGAAUUCUUAAACCGAACAAACGGGAUCCUGACGGUUUACGAAGAACCGGAUUUCGUUUUCCAAGGAACCAUGGAUCUGUGUUACCGGAUUUCGCCGGUUCGGAUUCGGGCGGGGAUAGUCCACCGAUUACCAACGGUUUCUUUAGUUUUCGAAGGAGCUGAGAUUGCGGUUUCUGGUCAGCCGCUAUUAUACAGAGUGCCGCAUCUCACGGUCGGGAACGAUUCGGUUUAUUGUUUCACAUUUGGAAACUCCGAUCUAAUGGGAAUGGAAGCAUACGUGAUUGGACAUCACCAUCAGCAGAACAUGUGGAUCGAAUUCGAUUUACAGGGAUCCCGAAUCGGUUUAGCUCCGGUACAAUGUGAUGUAUCCGGUCAGAGACUCGGAAUCGGAUCGUAA